CAGCGACGGUGGAGCCCAAAUGGAGCAGAUUCACAGAGGGGUGUAAAGUGAAACGUACAGUCAUGUGAGAUUUGUUUACAUCCGCCAGAACCCCAUCUACACGUGUAGUGACAGGAAAUGAAUUAGUCUCAGUCUGAAUGGAAAACAAAAUCCAUCAAUGCUGGAGUUGGACCUGUAUUGGAUUUGCAAGGCUGAUAAGUGCACCACGGGCUAUGGCUGCCACGACCCCCAUUAAACCCUUCAACCCAGAGGAGACCCAGAGGAUUCUCCAUCAUGUGCAGCAGCCUGCUGUUUUCCUGAAUAUGACCUGUGGCUGGCCUGUUCUCCGCUGGACCACAGAGCACCUCACGGGCUGCCUGGGUGACAGACUCAUCCGAUUUAGACUUGGGAAAAAAGAGGAGACAAACGCUCCUCUAUUUGAGACCCAGUGUUCCUACGUGGAGGCCAGAAUGGCUCAGUUUCUCAGCUGGACUCAGGGUCAGACUGAUGUGGGACCUUUUUCUGAAUACCCCUACUCAGAGUAUUGGGCUUAUGCCGAUUACAAAUACAUUGCAGUGCUCUUUCAAGACCAGCCUCUCAUGUUUGAGGAUGUGAAGUGGUCGGAUUUUGGUUUUGAGGGGCGUAACGGCAGAGAGAGCACUUUGUGGAUCGGCACAGUGGGGGCAAACACACCGUGCCACCUGGACACUUACGGGUGUAACCUGGUACUGCAGGUUCAAGGACGGAAACGCUGGCACCUCUUUCCUCCAGGCGACACAGCAAACCUUUACCCAACCAGGAUCCCCUAUGAGGAGUCCAGUGUCUUCAGCCAGGUGGAUGUUCUCCACCCAGACCUGAAGAGGUUUCCAGCAUUUCAGGGUGCCAGGGCUCACAUUGUCACUCUGCAGCCUGGACAGGUGCUUUAUGUCCCAAGACACUGGUGGCACUUUGUAGAGUCAGUAGACCCCAUCACUGUCAGUGUCAACUCCUGGAUUGAGUUGGAUGUGGACGACGUUGCAAGAGUUAGUGAAGCCGUGACCAAGACAGUCGUGUGGGCAAUUAAAGGUGCUAAGAGUGAUUACAACACUGACGACUGGCUCAACCCCACUGAGGAAGGAAAUGUAUCCCAUAAUGAAAACAUUCAGUAUCUGAACCUGGCCGUGAUGGCAUGUGCACAAAAAAAGAGGGACCUCAGCCAUGGCAAACUUACUCGGGACUUUGGAGGUGACCAUCCAGUCAAGCGGGACUCAAGCGGACAAAUAAAGACUAACAGAGACCACAUCAGGAAUUCUGAGCCCUUUGUUGUUCCGUUUGGACCACAUCUAAUCCCUGUGAGUUCUCCACAAAAAGAACUGAGUAGGAUGACCUCAAAGGAUGUAGAGAGCCACUCUUCCAGGAAAUGUGCUGCUUCAUCUCAGGAGGACUGCUCUAUUGGCUCAGAGGGAACUGAUGCUACCAGACUGCGUCAGGGAAAACAUGCAUGUGGAACUGGUUUAACUCAGUGUAGAACAUGCGACUGUGCAGAUGGUCCAUCAGAGCACUCCUCAGGGGAUAAUAAGGAAUCAAGACACACAACCAUAACAACUAAUGACCUGUUAAACUGUCUGGUGCAUCCUGAUGUAAUCAGUCGGGUUACUGAGCUUCUCUUGGAAAAGCACCAAGGAGGUCAGCUUUAAUAUUAACCUGCCUCACGAAAUAUAUGCAGUAAAGACCUAAAACAAUUAUUUCUAGUUACAGAAAUGCAUCCACUGCUCUCAAAUCUACAAGGUGCUCCCACCAUUAACAUCAUGAACCAUGUGAUUAAUUUCGCCAUCAAGUGGUUUUGACGUUUCCUUAUUUUGUUGUUCUCUGCAUGCUAAUCCUGUUUGGUGCUUCCAGAGUAGGAAAAAUGACCACCCCAAUCAAGUUAUUAUGCUAAUAAACAGAAUAAUUCAAGAUAAUAUUCCAGAGAUGGAUACGUUUGUUUUCUGUGUAAUGUUUCUCUGUCAUUUACUUAUGAGAAUUGUCACUGAACAGCUACAGAAGACAGAUCAUAAUGGUUUUGGGAAGAAUAAAUAUUGGAUUAGUAAGAAUAAGUGAAAUCUGUUUGAAUAUUCUGCUGCCAUUGGUCACACGUUUGAAUGGAGGAAGAGGAUGUGCAUCUACAUGCAGGGUAUAAAAUGUCAUCUGUAAUCUUUAAAUGUUUCUGUACCGAUUCAUGUAAUGCUAAGAUUUUCAUCACUGCUCUGACAGAUAAAAAAAGAAAUGUGAGAAUGAGUGCGUACAU